AAACCAUUCAAUUGACACCAUAUGAGCACUUAAUUGACAGUAUACCUUGUUUCAGGUUGAUGACAUUACUAACACUUGCAACUGUAAGCAGCACUCAAACCUCCGGUACACAGCUCAGAAGAGACAGUAGACUCUCAAAGUAUCCACUUCAAAUUCAUCAAAUGUACAGAGACCAAAUAUUGAGGAAACCUUCUAAGCCAAUGGGCGAGUGGUCAGACUGGGAUUCAUGGAGCCCGUGUUCCAGAAGCUGCGGUGGGGGGAUCACACAACAAACUAGGCAUUGCGUGAACAGGCCAGCAGAAUCAAGGCUUAUAAAGAGACGAAGGGGACGACGGCAAAGCGUGAGACCAAUAGGCGGUUGCGUAGGGCUGUAUAAAAGAGUACGGCUCUGCAACGAUAAGGAAUGUCCGUCACGAACAGAUUUUCGUCAUGAACAAUGCGCGGCCUUUAAUGCUAAGACCUUCCGAGGAGCAAUCCACCAAUGGGAGCCUUUCUUAAAAGUGAAAGACGAAUGCGCCCUAAAUUGCAGAGCUGUCGGAAUGAACUUCUUCGCCACCCUAAACAAGACUGUGAUAGAUGGGACUCCCUGUUUAUACCCGGUGACACACACGGGAAAAGCAGCUCCUAGGGGCACCAGGGGCGUGUGCGUCGGAGGAUAUUGUAAGGUAGGUGGAAUUUUAGUUCAUAUAGAAAAAGGUCAAGUAGGUUGA